CCACCAGUGCUGCUGCUAUGGUUAUAGGUGUUGUACACAGAGAGAGGAAAGCUCAGUCAGCUCCGGCCAGUCUCCGACGUCUGACCUGCUCUCUGCUCUGCUCUGCUCUGCUCUCCUUUGGCUAUUUUUCUGGCUCGAUCCUUUCGGUUGUUUUCUUGGCCGAUCCAUCCACGCCUUGCGGACGUGGGCGACCGAAUGUAACGGCCACAUUCAAAUUGAUUCAAUCCCAACAUUCAUCUCAAAAGAGAAACAGAAAGCCGCUGAUGCGUCGUCGUGUGCCCGCUGUUUGUGUGUGAAAACCCUUUCCAACAGAAGAUAAUCAUCAUUAUUAUUAUUAUUAUUGUCAUAAUCAUUAUCACUGGCUCAACUGUCUGUGCCGGCAGCAACGACGAGACUCCUUUGGUGGGCGGCAAUGGAUCAGACACAGUGAAAGUUGAUGAUUGACCGAGCGGUGGUGAUUGGGGCACCGCAACGCAUUUGACAGACUUGAUUUUCUCUCUCUUUUCUCUCUCUCACGAGAAGGCCGUUUCUGUUUUUCCUUUUCUUUUCUUUUCUUUCGAGCUGGAAAAUUGAAAAGUCUGGCCGCCGUGUGCGUGGGAAAUCGAGCGAAACUAGUCGAUAGAUUGAUGGAGAAGAGAUCGAAAGAUUGAUCUACAACUCGGCGAUCCAACUCGUGUGCGCUGUGUGGCAGUGCUUAGAGUGAGCGAGAACUGUAGAUGCAACCUUAUAUAGACCUUUUAUACUAUCAAGUCUCAUUGGUUCUACCAACAGCGUGUGGGCAUCAAAGGCCAAAACAAACCAAACACACACAACUCAUUCCCAUCGUUCAAGUGUUUUUUAAUCGGUUUCUAAUGAUUGCCACAUUGUCAUUGUCGUCGUCCGCUUUUGGCGAAUCCUAAACGACCGGCUUUUUACUACAAUCGUUUGAAUUUGGCGCUCACCAAUCAAAUCGUCGAAUUUCUUCAUCAACCGUUUGAUUCUUCGUCUUGGUCUGCACAAUAAAAGGAGAACCGCCGGUUUUUCUUUUGACACAAGAGGCCACAGCCAAGUCUACCGCCCAACUUGACUUUUGGGUCCCUUCAUUCCGUCUGGAAGGUCAUGCGUGGUGAGUGGUGGUGAUGGCCGCCGAAUGGAAACUUUGGAUGAUGACGACGACCGUCUUGCCCAGGCUGCCACUCGUCUCCUCCUCGUCAGCGUCGUCGUCAGCGUCGCAUCCGCCGACGCCGCCGUCGCUCCUGUUGCCUUCCACUUAUCCACCUGAUGAUUACCUCCUCUCGGCCAGCUACAACAACAGCAACAACCACACGACUUGGUCAUAUUACGGCGGUGGCGUCAAUUCGUCGUCGUCGUGGCUGGCGACGGCCACGACCUUGUUGAUGUCGACGACGACGACAAGUGGCGUCGUCGAUUCGAUGGAGUCGUCGUCCUCGGAGGAGGAAGAUGAGCGGUUCCCGGCCUACGUGAGUUUGCUGAUGAUGUUGUCGUGCGGUUUGAUCCUGGUGGUGGGCCUGGUGGGCAACUGCCUCGUGCCGGUCGUCAUCUGGAACAACCGCGACCUGCGCAACUCGACCAACCUCUUCCUGCUCAACCUGAGCCUGGCCGACAUCCUCGUCCUCUGCGUCAGCAUGCCCACCGUCCUCGUCGAGAUCUACGAGCGACGCGACACCUGGAUCUUUGGCAAAGUCAUGUGUAAAUUGGUGCCGUUCGUGGAAUUGACGGUGGCCCACGCCUCGGUGUUGACUAUCUUGGCCAUUUCCUUCGAGCGCUACUACGUCAUCACCCGUCCGCUGAGGGCCGGCUACACUUGCACCCGCAUGAGAGCCCUUUUCAUCAUCCUGGCCAUUUGGGUCCUCGGAUGCAUCACCUCCAGUCCCAUGUUGUUCCUGGCCAACUAUUUGGAAGCCGACGAGAACACGGCGGGAUCGUCUGCCGGCUGCGUGACGCAGGCCAACACCUUCUGGUCGGUUUUCUACUACAUCGCCGCCAUUUGCCUCUUCUUCUUGUUGCCCUUGAUCGUCCUCGUCCUCAUCUACUCGGUCAUCGCCCGCCACUUGGUCGCCGAUCCCUGCACAGCCUCCAAUCAUCGCAUCCAGGUGCAAACGUCGGCGUCGGUAGCGGCCGGAACGGAUCACGUCAACCCCAACUUGCGGGCCCGUCGCCAGGUGGUGUCGAUGCUGGGCACGGUGGUCGUCUUCUUCUUCAUCUGCCUCCUGCCCUUCAAGAUCUUCACGUUGUGGUUCAUCCUGACGUCGGACGAGGACAUUCAGAUGAUGGGACCCGAGACGUACUACCACGUGCUCAACUUUUGUCGAGUCAUGUUCUACCUCAAUUCCGCCAUCAAUCCCAUCCUCUACAACGUCAUGUCAUCCAAAUUCCGGACGGCCUUCCUCAAAGCCCUCGGCUUCACGUGGGCCGGCCGGCGCAAGCGGCUCCUGCGCCACCUCAGCCGACAGAGCACCUUCAACACCACCACCACGUCCGGCACGGCCUCACACUCGGCCACCACCACCACCAGCAACAGCGAGCACCAGCUCAUCAAGCGGAUGACCAAGGAGGAUCUCCUGGCGGCCGCCAACAGUCCCCGGCCCGUUCUGCAAAAAUACGGACGCCAGGGCAGUUGCACCUCGGCCGCCAACCGGGCGUCCAGCAAACCUCUGCUGACGGCCACUCUCUCGACCACGUCCCACACAAGCGUCGUCAAUCCGACCGAAUCCUCGUCCUCGUCUGCACACCACACAGACAGUCACGUCUGAAACGCCAACCCAACCCCCAAACCCGUGAAUCAAUCCCGAGGAAACGAACAAAACAAAAAAAAACCAACUGAUGGAUCUCAACUUU